ACAUAAAUUCAAAAUUAGAUACACAAUAAUGUGUUAUUAAUCCAAAGGUCUUUAUUUUUAAUAAGUAGUAAUAUUUCAAUGGAUUACAUCACUGAACAUCCCUCUGUAUAUAUUGGAACGGUCCAAAUCGGGCCGGUAACCGUAAGCUAACCGGCGGGUUUGGGAUUAAAAAUGGCAGAUCUACAAGAGGUUCUGCGAACUUUCGCACUAAAAAAAAUGCAAGAACUGAAGCAAGAACGAGGGGAUGAGGAAGAAAUGGAGACAGGACUUACCUUUGGUAAUGAGAAUGGAGACCAACAGUCGGAUACAAUAACUGGUAAAUCAAAACUGAAGCAAAACAAUUUGAGAGGUAAAGAUGAAAUAAAAACCGCAUCUUCCAACAGGGAAGACGGAACUCUCAGUGAUGUUGACAAGAUAUCAGAAACUCCACCAAAAGUUGACAACAAUGAGAUUGAUGCAAAUGCACAGAUGGAAUCAAAGUCAAUAAAAACAGAACCUUCUGGCGGCAAAGAUGGGAAGGAUAAGAAGAUAACCAUCAAGCUUCUCACCACAAAAAUUGACCCCGAGACAGUGAUGCUGAAAGAUGAAAUGGCAGAGGUGGGGGAAGAGAAAGACGAGGAUGAGGAAAGCAUCUCAGACAGCAGCGAUGAUGCUAACGAGGGACAGGUGUCUGAUGGAAAACCCUGGAGAAAGGUCUAUGAAGAGGGUGAGCUGUCACCCUCAAGUGACAGUGGAGAGGAAGGGGAGGAGGAAACAAAUGUUGCCAAGGAAGAGGAGGUGGUGAACUCGGAAACAAGUGGAGAAAUCAAGGAUGAGGAUGCUAAGAAAUCCAAGAAACAUAAAAAACACAAACACAAGAAACACAAACACAGCAAGGAUAAGACGAAAGAGGAGUCCACUAAGAUUAAAGAUAAACACAAAAGCAAGAAAGAUAAGAAAAAAGACAAAGAGAGGAAGGAACACAAGAGUAAAGACAAGGAAAAGGAUGGCAACAGAGAGAGAAGCAAGGAUAAGAAAAAAUCUAAAGAUAAGAAGGCCAGUAAGGAAGAUGUUAAACAAGAUAAGCAAGAGGACAAUGACUCAGAGAUGAUGAAGCACAAAGAGAAAAGUGAGAAGAAACAUAAAAGCAAGCACAAAGACAAGGGGAGUGACUCUAAAGGGGAGAAGUCUUCAGGAGGUACCAAACGGAAGCACAGAUCCGGCUCGAGGUCUCGGUCACGAUCGCGGUCCAAAUCCAAGUCCACAUCUCAUCACAAGAAACACAAGCGCUCCAAGUCUCGAUCACGGUCACCAAAGAGUCACAAGCACAGUCAUUCAACAAGGUCCAGGUCCAGAGACAGGCUCAACUACCACAGCACUUCCCCUGAACGGUAUUACUCCAGACGGUACAACUCAGGCUUCAGAUACAGGAACCGGUCACGUUCCCGCUCGAGAUCACCACAUUCGGACGAGUUCAAAAUCGACAAGGCUAAGCUUCUUGAGAUUGCCAAGGCUAAUGCCUAUGCCAAGAUGCAGUCGGGAGAAUUCCCACCAUAUAUGAAGCUGACACCAAAGAGCGUUGUAACCAAAGUAGAUCCCAAAGAGGGUAGGAGUGUGGAGGAGCUGACAGCCGUCUGCAAGGAGAUUGCCAGCAAACAGCAGGACUCCUCAGAUUCAGACGAGUCCCCCAUCAAUAAACCUGUUGGAUCAGAUGAUGAAAGUGACGAACCGUUCAUCAGGCACCCCUUCAAAGUCAGAGAGGCUCCACUAGGAAACGUGGGCAUCGUAAUGAACAUCAAAAAUGCUAUUCAGAAGCCAAUUCAAGACAAGGAGAUGCUCCGCAUAACCUUCCCUGUCUCCAGCGGCUCCCAGCACCGCAAGAAGGAAGAUGAGAUGGGUUCUAAGCCCUACGGAGACUGGGUAGCUGUAGAGAAGAAACCCAAGAUGAUGGACCCAGUAGCUAAGCCGACCACCAAGAUCAUGCUGACCCAAGGCACAUCAACACUAACACCAACAGCAUCAACAGGUACUCCUGUGGUACCUGGUGUUGGUGCUGCACCAAGUGAUACAGUUGCUUCAGCAGCAAUGCCUCCACCCCCAGUUCCACCCUUGCCCAUCACUCCAAACCCGCCCCUGCUCGCUGCUGCCCAAGCACCAGUCGCCGCUGCUCCAUCACCAGUCACCGCUGCUCCAUCACCAGUUGCCGCUGCUCCAUCACCAGUCGCUGCUGCUCCAUCACGGGUUGCUGCUGCUCCAGCACAAGUCGCCGCUACCCCAGUGCCAGUUGCCGCUGUCCCACCACCAGCUCCACUCACCUUCGCCGGUAUCAUCUCCCCAGCGGGAGCUCUACCCACGUCUAGCGCCAUCGCUGCAGCAUCGGCUACCCCAGCAGGGGCCGCUGCGGCCGAGUUUGCAGCUGCAGCUGCAGUGGCUGUCUCCAAGGCAGCGGCUGCAGCAGCAGCACCCACCCCCAUUGGAGUAGCAGCCACGCCCCCAGCAGGGCAGAAAGACGAGCCUAAAGACGACAGAGUGUUUGAGGAAAUACCCAAUCAAAAGGUUGAUAUUGCAGCCAUGGUGUCUGCGAGACUGAAGGCAACAAGACGUCUUGAGAGUAACCCCAAUGACAUAGAAGCAUUGUCUCUCAUGCACAAGGCACAGACACAAAUCCGCAACUGGACAGUGGGUAAGCAAAAGCCAGGCAUGUUCACCGGUGACACGGGUAUUAGGCCGCUACGGCCUGAGGAACUAGCCAACACAGACCCCAGGGCACAAGCCUGGGCAAAGAGGGACAUGUUCCACAACCAAGCACCAAUCACCGGCGGUAACAAAGGGGCCAUGCUGAUGGCCAAGAUGGGAUGGCGUCAGGGGGAAGGCUUGGGCAAGAACAAGGAAGGGUCGUUGGAACCGCUGGCCUUGGAUGUCAAAACUGACCGCAAAGGCCUGGUAGCCGAAGAUGAACAGAGACGCAAGAAGGCCCAGAUGCCCAAGGCAAUCUUCAAGGACCUGUCAGGCAAGCACCCCGUCUCGGCGCUGAUGGAGAUAUGCAAUAAGCGCAAAUGGCCAUCACCAGCAUUUGAUCUGGUACAGGACAUGGGACCAGCUCAUAAGAAGAGCUUCAUCUUCAAGGUUCGCAUCAACAACGAAGAGUACCAGCCAUCCAUCUCUUGCCCCAACAAGAAGCAGGCUAAGGCACAGGCUGCUGCUGUCGCCCUGCAGAAGAUGGGUCUCAUCCCACCUGAUAACCCCACAUGAUGAGCCUUGCAGCAUGUGAACAACUCUCUACAUCACAUGACCACUCCAUGUGAUCAAAACUUGCAGUCACCUGAUUGCCUCAUGUGAUCAGCGACUUGAUCACUGCCUUUCGACUGAUCAGUCCUCUGGACCAAAAAGCCCCAUCUUUGACUGAUCUACAUGUAUACGUUAGACACAUGGUAACUGCAUGUGAUAAAUGUCUACGCCACUGUCAUAUGAUAACUGCCAAGUCCAUUUUUUACAUGAGAGCUUGAAUUACCCAAUCAAGCCAUGUGAUAAAUGCCAUUAGCACAUAAUCCAUGUGAAACUCUAGUCAUGUGAUAUGUCACAUGAUUACCACCAUGCAUGCACAGUAGACGUUCAACUCUGGCGUGGCCAUAAUAGCUUUGUGCUGAAUGUACCACUUCAUUCAUCCAUGUUCCAUGUCUAAACCUUUAGAUCAGUUCAGAUCAUGAGAUUUAUCUUAACUGUCCAUAGUACUCCAUAUACUUCAGCCCAUUAACCCUAACACUCCUCAGUCCUCCAACAGGUGAAGGAUUGAGGAGUGUUAGGGUUAAUGAUGGUUCUGACCCUGUGCUAUGAGGGUACAGCACCCAGACGCCUUCUAAGUUAAUGUUGAAACACAUCCAUCAGUAGUCCAUGUAAAUUUUAUGUUUUAAGGUGUACGUUUUAAACGACAUUGAGAAAAAUAAAAGUUCAAAACUUAAA